GACAUUGAUUUCUGUCGGAGGAAGAGUACAGUAGAGACGGGAUGAUGAGUCGAAAGCAAAGGAUUGAUUUGGGAGAAUCAUCCCGGGAAGCUUCCACCAAUAAGCGCAGCAAAUGUGAGACGCCAAAUAAUAUCAAUCCAUGGACUGGAGCUCCUUAUUCGGCUCGCUACCUCUCCAUCCUCGAAACUCGGCAAACACUUCCCGUCUACUUGUUCAGAGAUAAUCUGGUAGAAGCUGUCAAGAAUAAUCAAAUUGUUGUUGUGGAAGGUCAGACUGGUUCCGGAAAGACGACGCAGAUUCCCCAGUUCAUUUUAGAAGCUGGUUUCGUCACACCAGGAGAAACCUCAAUUGCUUGUACGCAGCCACGACGUGUGGCCGCCACGAGUAUCGCGCAACGUGUGGCAGAAGAAAUGGAUGUGGAAUUAGGUCAAGAAGUUGGCUACACCAUUCGCUUUGAAGAUGUCAGUGAUCCGGUUAAGACAGUGCUGAAAUACGUAACGGACGGUAUGCUUUUGCGAGAGGCCAUGUCGGAUCCUUUGCUAAAGAGAUAUUCUUGCAUCGUCCUAGACGAAGCUCACGAACGGACCCUCUCGACGGAUGUCCUAAUGGGACUCUUGAUGGAGGUAUUGCCAAAGAGAAUACCGGGAUCCAAGUAUGGGGAGCUCAAGGUGGUGAUUAUGUCUGCUACAUUGGACGCCGAAAAAUUUCAAGAGUAUUUUCACGGCGCUCCACUCAUGAAGGUGCCUGGACGAACGCAUCCAGUGGAAGUUUUUUAUACGUCAAAACCGGAAGCAAAUUACGUGGAAGCUGCCGUUCGUACGACCAUGCAUAUUCAUGAAUGUGAAGGUCCAGGAGAUAUUCUGGUUUUUCUCACGGGAGAACAAGAAAUUGAGCAGGCCUGCGAAGAAAUGCGGGAGAAAGCGGGAGCUAUGGGAAAGGACUUACCGGAGUUAGUGGUAUAUCCACUAUAUUCUUCAUUGCCACCGCAGCAACAACGGAAGAUCUUCGAGAGGGCUCCCUUACCGCGCGUUCCCGGUGGACCUUCCGGACGAAAAGUGGUGGUCAGCACCAACAUUGCCGAAACAUCUCUGACCAUUGAUGGAAUCGUUUACGUGGUAGAUCCUGGUUUUUCGAAGCAAAAGGUAUACAACCCCCGCAUCCGUGUCGAAUCCCUUCUCGUAUCGCCUAUUUCUCGCGCGAGUGCUAGGCAACGUGCCGGUCGAGCGGGACGAACAAGACCCGGAAAAUGUUUUCGACUGUACACUGAGAAGAGCUUUCACGAGGAUUUACAAGAGACAACAUACCCUGAAAUUCUUCGAUCAAAAAUGAGCAAUGUGGUUCUUACACUAAAGAAACUUGGCAUCGAUGAUCUUGUUCACUUUGACUUCAUGGACCCACCUGCCCCGGAAACUUUAAUGAGAGCAUUGGAGCUUCUGAACUACCUUGGAGCUUUGGACGACGAAGGCGAACUAACAGAUUUGGGGUACCAGAUGAGUGAAUUACCGCUGGACCCUCAGCUUUCCAAACUCAUUAUAACCAGCCCUGAGUUUGGAUGCUCGGCUGAAAUUGUUUCCAUUGUUGCGUGCUUGAGUGUGCCGCAAGUAUUCAUGCGCCCGCGAGAAGCUGCCAAAGCUGCUGAUGCCGCCAAAGCACAGUUUUCUCACCCUGACAGCGACCAUAUUACAAUGCUAAAUGUUUAUGCGGCAUAUGAAGCAAUUCCUGAUCGAGAUAGGAGGCAGUGGUGCUGGGAUAACUUUGUCAACGAUAGGGCGAUGCAGAACGCCUACAAUGUGCGGCAACAACUUUUGGGUAUUAUGAGGAAGCUCGAUUUACCUCUUGUUUCUUCGGAUAGAAAAGGAGACGGCUCGUUUGCUUUUACCGAUAUUCGACGCGCGUUGACUGCUGGGAUGUUCAUGCAUGUAGCUUAUCGCCAAAGGUCAGGAGAUUAUUUGACAGCGAAAGACAACCAAUUGGUUGCUCUCCAUCCAAGCUCAGUUGUGAUUUCACGACCAGAUUGGGUCUUAUUCGAGGAGUUUGCGUUGACGACAAGGAAUUUUAUUCGAACCGUGACUGUAACCAAUAUCGAUUGGUUAGUUUCUAUGGCACCACACUACUUCGAUCUUGAGAACUUUCCUGAAUGCGAGGCAAAGGCAGAGCUUGAACAAGCGUAUGCCAGACUUGCUCAUUCACGUCGUAAAACAUAG